GGGCGGGGCCGCCUCCGGUGCCUCAGCAAAACCCUUCCGGGUGGGGGUGGCCCUGGCGGGCGGGUCCCGCGGCCGAGGCGGCGAUGGCGGGAGUGCGGCGGUGAAGGAGCGCAGCGGGGCUGGGGCCACGCCGGGCGCUGACGGGGGUCUCGCUUCCCCCAGGACGGCACAGGAGCAGUGGGGCCUCGCCCUUCACCUGAGGCGGGCCGGGGCUAUGCGAGGGCCGCGGUGCCGCCUGCCCUAGGCCCGGGCCCGGCGGGGAGCGGCGAGCGGGGCCCGAUGCGGGAGUACAAGGUGGUGGUGCUGGGCAGCGGGGGGGUGGGGAAGUCCGCCCUGACGGUGCAGUUCGUCACCGGGACCUUCAUCGAGAAGUACGACCCCACCAUUGAGGACUUCUACCGCAAGGAGAUCGAGGUGGACUCGUCCCCCUCGGUGCUGGAGAUCCUGGACACGGCGGGCACCGAGCAGUUCGCCUCCAUGCGAGACCUCUACAUCAAGAACGGGCAGGGAUUCAUCCUCGUCUACAGCCUGGUCAACCAGCAGUCCUUCCAGGACAUCAAGCCGAUGAGGGACCAGAUUGUCCGGGUGAAGAGAUACGAGAAAGUUCCUCUCAUCCUAGUGGGGAAUAAAGUGGAUCUGGAGUCGGAGAGGGAAGUGUUAUCUGCAGAGGGCAGAGCCCUGGCUCAGGAGUGGGGCUGUCCCUUCAUGGAGACGUCAGCCAAGAGCAAAACAAUGGUGGAUGAACUGUUUGCUGAGAUCGUCAGGCAAAUGAACUAUGCCUCCCUGCCUGAAAAACAAGAUCAAUGUUGUACAACUUGCAUCGUCCAGUGAGAGAAAUUCAGAAAAACCUCAACCAUGGCCAUACAGAGCAG